GAAAUUCUGUUCUAAGUCAUGCUGUAAAAAAUAUUACAAAAAAUGAGAAUGCAAGCAGUGCUUUCAAAUCAUCGAAGGUGAAUACCGCUACCAUACUACCAAAAAUGACCAUAAAAAAUUCUGCUCAGAAAAAUGCUUUAACGACCAUUACAGCAAAACCUGCUAUACUUGCUCCACUAAAACCUUAG